CGCAACACAAGUUAAAGUGUUUGUUAAAAAAUUAUUAAAAUGUGCUGAGGUUGAGUUAGCAUUCCGUUACCUGAUAUUCAUUAAAUAUUUUUUUUACUUAAAUAGUUACUUAAUUUAGUUAUUUUCACUGUGUAUAUGUCGCUGUAGUUUGUUUUCUUAAAAUUGACAAGAAUACACAAUGUUUUAAGUGCGAAUAUUCAUUCUUUAGCGGACUGACCGCAUUAUAUUACUACGCCAUUAUUCUUAGAAAAGCUCCGUUAAUUGAACAAAAUAAACUGUCGUUAAUAUACAUAUAUGUAUAUCAAAAGUGUGCAUAAACAUUCUGAUAUUAUUGAAAAGCAUUCAACAAAGAAAACCAAUUUUCACGGAUUUUAACAACCUUUCUCGGUUUUUAUUUUUUUAGAAGAAAUGGCAACACGUGGUCGCGGUUUUCUUUUCUCCCUCAAGGUGGACAAAGACUCGACUGGCAGCGAAUCAACUCUAAGAGAUAGUGGCUUAGGCACUAAAAGUCUUCAAUCUGUUGGCGAGUAUCGACGCUUCGGUAGAGGCAAACUUCUAGAUGAUUUGGCUUCCUCAUGUAGUAACAUGACACUUGAAGUCCGUUCAUCUGAUGAUACCAAUCAAGGAAAUAUAACUUCUACAACUGAUUCGAAUAAGCCUUCUACGUCGGGAGGGCGCGGGCGCGGGCGCGCCAGUGUCUUCAAAAGUUUAUUUAGUGAGGAAAAACCGGAACCCAAACUUGAUACAAAACCCAUUUCGGUACCCUUCCCUAUGCCAGUGAAAAAAUCUGAACAAAAACCAGAAUCAACACUAGACCCAGAGCCCGCUGAAGAUGUAAUUCCAUCUGACGUUUACAACCCUGAGGUGAAACACGGAAGUAAAGGCAAACCAGUGCGUUUGGCUUGCAAUUACAUACGUUUGUCGUCUGAUCCAGAGAAAGGCGUGUAUGUCUAUGAAGUGCGAUUUCAUCCUCCCGUUGAUUCACUCAAUUUGCGCAUGAAGUAUCUAAACGAGCAUCGUGAUAAAUUUGGUGGCACUAAAACGUUCGAUGGAGUCACCUUAUAUUUGCCCAUUUUGCUAAAAGAUAAAUUGACGACAUAUAUUUCUAAAAGUGUUGCAGAUAACACCGAUAUCGAAAUACGUAUUUUAUUUAAACGCAAAGAAGCUUUAAAGAAUUGCAUACAUCUUUACAAUGUACUAUUCGACAGAGUUAUGAAAACACUAAACUACGUACGCUUCGAUAGGAAACAAUUUGAUCCCACAGCUCCAAAAAUCAUACCACAGGCAAAACUCGAAGUUUGGCCAGGAUAUGUGACCGCAAUUGAUGAAUAUAAAGGUGGUUUGAUGUUGUGCUGCGACGUAUCCCAUCGACUUUUAUGCCAGAAGACUGUACUUGAAACACUAACAGAGAUUUAUCGCUCUAAUUCCAAUUUGUUUCAAGAAAAUGCUAAAAAAUAUCUGUUGGGUUCAGUUGUUAUAACACGUUACAACAACCGCACAUACAGAAUCGACGAUAUUUGUUUCGAUAAGAGUCCAAAAUCUAAAUUUCAAACCAAAAAUGCUGAAUUAUCUUACAUUGAUUACUACAGGCAGAGCCACAACAUUUUAAUCAAAGACGAAACCCAACCACUUAUAAUAAGCAUAAAGAAACAAAAGACUGCUGAUAAGCAAGCGGCUGAAGAUCUAGUAAUUUGUCUGAUACCUGAAUUGUGUUAUUUGACAGGCUUGAGGGAUGACAUUCGCUCAGAUUACAAGUUAAUGCGUGAAAUUGUUACUUUUACGCGUGUCUCGCCAAACCAGAGACUACUGGCUUUGGAGAAAUUCUUCACUAAUGUUAACAAUUGUCCAGAAGCACAAAGUAUACUUCAAUGUUGGGGACUUACGUUGAAAAAUUCACACGAGACUUUGAAUGGCAGGCAGUUUAAUGAAGAGCAAAUUUUAUUUGCUAAAAAGCAAUUCCCCGCCGGUGUAAACGCAGAUUUCUCCAAAUAUGUUUGUAACAAUGAAGUUUUGGAAGUAGUCCAUUUGACCAAUUGGAUAUUAAUGCACUGCAAAAGUGAUACCAGGUGUGCCAAGAAUUUUUACGAGCAUGUUGAUCGAAAUUCACGUGCUCUUGGUAUACGCGUUGAUAAACCGAAAAUGGUUACAUUGGAAAACGAUCGCAUUGACACCUAUGUGAAGGCAUUGAGAACGCACAUUGAUGGUCAAACACAAAUUGUGGUAUGCAUCAGUCCAACAAAUCGCGAUGAUCGUUAUGCGGCUAUUAAAAAGGUUUGCUGUGCAGAAAUACCAAUACCUUCACAGGUAAUUAAUUCGCGCACACUCUUAAAUGAGGCCAAGAAUCGUUCGAUCGUGCAAAAGAUCAUGUUGCAAAUGAACUGUAAGCUAGGUGGAUCCUUGUGGGCUGUAAAAAUACCCUUUAAAAAUGUUAUGAUCUGUGGCAUUGACUCAUAUCACGAUGCCGCUCAAAAAAGUAAUUCGGUGGCAGCAUUCGUGGCCUCAUUAAACUCAAAUUUCACUAAAUGGUACAGCAAAGCAGUAAUACAGGGCAAACGUGAGGAAAUUGUUAACGGUCUAUGCUCAUCGUUUAUAGCGGCAGUGACACGUUUUCAUAGAGAAAAUGGCAGAUAUCCUGAUAGCAUUAUCAUAUAUCGAGAUGGUGUUGGCGAUGGUCAAUUGCCUCUAUGUUCCGGUCAUGAGAUACCACAAUUAGAGGCCGCUUGUAAACGUGCCUUUAAUGAUUAUACUGUUAAAAUCACCUUUGUUGUUGUACAAAAACGUAUAAACACGCGUUAUUUCGCCAUUAACGGUUCCAAUGUAGAAAAUCCACCACCAGGUACAGUCGUUGAUGAUUGUAUUACACGUUCCAAAAUGUACGACUUUUAUUUAGUAUCGCAGACGAUUCGCCAAGGAACUGUAACACCUUCACAUUACAUUGUGCUAAGAGAUGAUUCCAAAUAUAGUCCUGACAUUAUACAAAGACUGACAUAUAAACUAUGCUUUAUGUACUACAAUUGGCCAGGUACUAUUCGCAUACCUGCGUGUUGCCAAUAUGCCCACAAAAUGGCAUACCUUAUCGGACAAAGUAUACGGCGAGCAACGUCUGAAGAGCUCUCUGAUAGACUAUUUUAUCUUUAAGUAUUAUUACAUGAUUAUCGAAUAUUUUGUAUUGAUUACAAAUAUUCUUAUAUGUUCAUCUAGAAUUAAUUAAAGUAUUCAUUCUUAAUGA